AUGUUUCAGAUUCUUCGCCUUCUGCCCAUUGUGGCCAUGUCUGUCUCUGCAGUGGUGAUCCCCAACCCACUCGGACAAUACGAUGUGUUUUACCACACGGCCAAAAUGGUCGAAAAGACCAGAGUCGAUCCCUUUGAUCCCAAGCACGGUCCGCGUGUAGUCAUGACUUCAAUAUUUGCUCCCACCCACUGCAAAGUCGCUCUCAAGAAGAAAGACUACCUGCCCCCCGCAACAGCCGAAUACUACUCUGAACUAUACGGCGCAUACGGACUUCCCAACGGUUCGCUUCAAUCCAUCUCUUUCCAGGCAUGCCCAGAGCCGCCACGAGGCCAUCACCUCCAUUUUCCGGUGGUGAUCUUCUCGCCUGCUCUCGGCACGACACGCCUGUUCUACAAUGCCAUUGCGCAGGCUGUGGCCAGCGCCGGGUACAUCGUGGUGUCUCUUGACCAUCCCUAUGAUACCGAGUUUCUGGAGUUCCCAGACGGAAGCAUCGUGACUGCAGCAAACAUCAGUGACGCGCAGGUUCCACUAGAUGUCGAAACCAGAGCUCAGGAUGUGAGGUUCGUGCUGGAUCAGCUGGGCACAAAGGCUGGCGUCGCAGCCCUACUCCCUGGAACAGGGGCUGCGGGAUUGAGAACUCGGCACGUUGCGAUGUAUGGUCACUCAGUCGGGGGUGCAGCUACCGCCGCAGCCAUGCAUCUGGACCGUCGGAUUGUUGCAGGUGCAAACCUGGACGGGUCAAUGUUCGGACCGGUGGUUCAAAAAGGCCUUCAGGGACCAUUCCUCCUAUUCGGACAUGAAAACAAGACCCAGAGGACAGACUCAACGUGGAAAGAGUUUUGGUCAAAUCUGCAGGGUGGAAAUUAG